AGCGUGCAGGCUGCGAGGCUGCUGCCCCAAGAAAGCAAAGAUUCCUGUAAGGAGGUUUUGAGGUCUCACCUGCCACAAUGACGGACAGAAGCCCCUUUGAGACAGACAUGCUCACCCUGACCCGCUACGUUAUGGAAAAAGGGCGGCAGGCCAAAGGGACUGGGGAACUCACACAGCUGCUCAACUCCAUGCUGACUGCCAUCAAAGCCAUCUCCUCGGCUGUGCGCAAGGCUGGCCUGGCUAAUCUGUACGGAAUUGCAGGGAGCGUGAACGUGACUGGAGACGAAGUGAAGAAACUGGACGUGCUAUCCAAUUCCCUGGUCAUCAACAUGCUCCAGUCCUCCUACAGCACCUGUGUUCUAGUCUCCGAAGAGAAUAAAGAGGCAAUCAUCACAGCCAAGGAGAAGAGGGGGAAGUAUGUGGUUUGCUUUGAUCCCCUUGAUGGAUCUUCGAACAUUGACUGCCUGGCCUCCAUCGGAACCAUAUUUGCGAUCUACAGAAAGACCACAGAGGAUGAGCCUUCUGAGAAGGAUGCCCUGCAGCCUGGCCGCAAUAUUGUGGCUGCUGGUUAUGCGCUCUAUGGCAGUGCAACCCUGGUGGCUCUUUCCACAGGGCAAGGAGUGGAUCUCUUCAUGCUGGACCCGGCUCUUGGAGAAUUUGUGCUGGUGGAAAAAGACAUCAGGAUUAAGAAGAAAGGGAAAAUUUUUAGCCUCAAUGAGGGUUAUGCCAAGUAUUUUGAUGCGGCCACAACUGAGUACGUGCAGAAGAAGAAAUUUCCCGAGGAUGGCAGUGCACCUUACGGGGCCAGGUAUGUGGGCUCCAUGGUGGCUGAUGUGCAUCGCACCCUGGUGUAUGGAGGAAUCUUUAUGUACCCAGCCAACCAGAAAAGUCCUAAGGGCAAGCUCCGGCUCCUGUAUGAAUGCAACCCCGUGGCCUAUAUUAUUGAGCAGGCAGGAGGCAUGGCAACCACAGGCACCCAGCCUGUCCUGGAUGUGAAGCCUGAGAGUAUUCACCAGAGAGUCCCCCUCAUUUUGGGAUCCCCAGAGGAUGUGCAAGAGUACCUCGCCUGUGUGCAGAGAAACCAGGCAGGCAAGUCGUGAGCCCGAACUCAUGAGUCCACUUCUAUUGGCCUUGCACUUCAUUGUAUGAAGGGUUAGA